AGUCAAGUAAAAAAUAAUACGAACAUUAUCAGUUUACGUUUAAUUAUGAUGAUGAUAGAGUGAAACGGAUUGUUUUGACGUUUGACAGCCGCCUGUCAUAUUCGAAUCGGCGCAGUCUCUUUCGUUUUGCGUUUGCGUCUCGUUGUGUACUGUGCGAUUUUGUUUUGCGUUCCUGUUUUUUACGACCCAUUUUACCGCCCUUGGACUCCGAUACCUUCCCCACCUGACGACCUUUGCUUUUAUUAAUGGAUUAACGAUGCCGCCACUACGGAAACCUGACCGUAUACUUUGCAUAAACUGCAAUAUUUGUGUCAAUACAUUUCGACGUUACCUUGUUCUCGAGCUCAACACAAGAGUAAUUUCAUUACUUAGCGAAUGGAUAUCACCAAGGAUUAUUACUGAGGAAGAUUACAUUUGCGAACCGUGUAAUAAUCUACUCAUGAGAAGUGUAAAUGAGCAAUUAGCAACAAGCUGUGAUAAUGCUCAAGCUUCAGGAUCAUCCCAACAAGGUCGUAGACAAGUGUGUAGUCUUUGUGGAAGAUCAAUAUUAAACCGUCAGAGCCAUCCUAUUGUUAUUGACAAUCCAUCCGAAGAACAAAUACAGAUCCUUGCUGUUAUACAGUCAAGAAUAACACCCCGUCAGGUAUCAUCAUAUGAUAAAAUAUGCCACUCAUGCUGGAUGAGUUGUAAGAGAGCUGCUUUACGUACCCAGCAAGUCGACAAUAUCCGUAGAGUGCCUAUUGAAGACGUUGAAGUUGAAGCUGAAGCUGACACGAUUGCCACCGAACCAGUCACCCAAAAUGUGGAAGUGCCAACACUGCCAACUGAAGCUUCCUCAAGUGAGAUUACACUGGAAAACUACAGACGAGCAGCAAAUACUGCUUCUCAUUGCCUAUUUCCUAAUUGUGGAAAUACCAGUCUGCACAAUAUGACUGACUCAUUUCGUGCAAUGGUGCUAAGCACAUAUAAGUAUUAUAUUCCUAUUCACAGCCGUGUCUGUACAGAACAUAGAACAAGUAAUGAGUGGGCUAAUCUUUAUGACUUCACACCUCAACAAGUGGAACAUAUAUUCUCUUUUGUAAAUGCUUAUAAACCUUGUCUGGAUUUUUCCAAAGUCGAAAGUAUUCACGAAAUUGAAGAAAAUAUAUUUUUUUUUUGGACUGGAAGGACCAAACAAGACUUUUUUACUCUUCUGGAGGAAGUGCCUCGCAUACGAGAAAUGCACAAGGGAAUGUUAGCCUUAGCAGCAUUCUUAAUCAAAAUAAGGACGGGUGAAUCAGAUGUUCGUUUGUCUACAUUGCUUGAUGUACCUCGCAGUACCUUAGAGCGUUUAAUGAACAAAUGUAGGGAAAUUCUUAUCCAAGAUUUUGUUCCUAGAAAUCUCGGCAUUACUCACAUGGCUAGAGAACAGCUUAUGGAACACAAUCUCACUAUACCUAAUGAUAAGAAAGUUGCUUUACUGUAG